GCAACUGCCAGGAGUGUGUGUGUGACCCGUACAGUCUGGAAAUCCAGUGCCAGCCUAUGGCAUGCCAACAUCAGCCUCCUCUCACCUGUGAUCAGGAGGGCCAAGUUAAGGUCGUAGAAACCGUUGACUGUUGUCAAAAGGACAAAUGCGAGUGUGAUGUCACACGAUGCUCUACUUCAAGAUAACUUGCCCAGUCGGAUUCGAGACAGAGGCAACUAUGGGAGUCUGCUGCCUAACUUAUCAAUGUGUGCCAAAGGAUGUCUGUGUGUUUAACAACACUGAAUAUCAGCCUGGUGCCAAUGUUCCUGGGGACAAGUGUAAGAAUUGUGUGUGUGGUGACAGUGUAGAUGCCCAAAGCCAUCUACAUAUCAUUGAGUGUCAUCCUACUGAAUGUGACACUCACUGCCAGCAGGGCUAUGAUUAUCAAGCCGUUCCUGGGCAGUGUUGUGGGAAGUGUGUACAGACAAGCUGUGUGGUUAUGCUGCCAGAUAACACCACACACACUAUUCAGCCUGGUUCCGUCUGGAUACCAUCGGGAGACAAGUGUCUCAAGUAUGAGUGCGUAAAGAUUCAGGACCAACUCAUCCCAAUCGAGGCUAAGACUGUGUGCCCUGUCUUCCACCCAGAAGACUGCGUACCCGGAACUGAAGUCAUUGCUCCAGAUGGUUGCUGCCAUGUCUGUAUUCCAAUAACUAAGCCAUGCAAUGUGACAAAGAGCAAAGUGUACCUGGACAGCAAUGGCUGCAAGUCUGCAAACAAGGUGGAAGUGACAACAUGCAGUGGAUCCUGUGUCACCUACGCCAUGUAUUCUCUUGAGGCCAACAUGAUGGAGCGCUCUUGUACCUGCUGUCGGGAAGAAUCCACCACGAAGAAGGAAGUGGAGAUGAUCUGCCCAGACGGGUCAAAGUUCAACCACCCCUACAUUCACGUCAAUAAAUGUGGCUGCCAGAGGACAGAGUGCGUGACCCCGGAGGAAACCCAGUUCACAAGGUCACGACGCAGGAGAAGAUGAAUGACUCUCCACUACCAUCCCUUUACUGCUUAGAUUAGUUUUCUAUGUAUGUUCAACUUGUUCAUGUUCCUGCAAAGUAAUCUGCUAAACAUAGGAGAAAUUGUUUCAGCUUCGUAUUCAUUUUUUAUUUUAUUUUUGCCAAAAUAAAGUUGGCAAUAGGCUGUGCAUAUAUACCACAA